AUUCAUUUAAGAACAUAAACUGACAUUAAGACAUUAAGAAAUUGGAGGACAAAGAGACAUUUAAACAUUUUCAGAACCUAAAGAGACUUAAAGAAGACGUUUUGGGACAAAAAGGACAUUUUGAUGGCCAGGGUUAUUUUUAUAUACAUACAGAAAGUGGAGGAUAGUUAAAACAUCAAAAAGACAUUUAGUGGAAAAUUAAUAAAAUAUAUGUCAAAGCUAUGUCUUUUUAAUAAAAUAUGUGAGACAGACAUCUGUAAAGAUGCGUACGACGAAGAAGACAAAACAUUUCGAGGACAUAAAGCGACAAAGACAUGCUAAAAGACUCCAACUGACACAAAAAACAAAUUUAAGGACAAACACUUAAAAAUUGAAAGACAAAGAGACAUAAAGAAGAUGAUUGGAGGACAUACAGAUACAUGACAGAGACUUUUUGGAAAUAGAGAGACAUGUUGAUAUCAAAGGGCAUUUGAUGUAACUGGACGACAUUGAAAACAUAGAUGUGACAUAUAGUGGGAAUAAAAAAAUGUAACAAAAAAAGAGACCACAAAAACCUUUUUAGGACAAAAAAGAGCCAAAAUACUGGAGGACAAAGAGACAGUAAGACAUUUUCAGGACAUAAAUACACAUAAAGAUGACAUUUAGUGGAUAUAAAGACAUAAGACACAAAGAGACAGAGUAAAACUGUGGGGGACAUAAAGAGACAUAAAGGCACUGAGGACAGACACUGAAAUAGUGGAGGACAAAGAGACAUUAAGAUAUGUGAGGACACAAGGCGAUAUAAAGAAGAUGUACAGAGAUGUAAAGGCGAUUUCUUGGGACAAAAAAGUCCCAAAAAAGUCAUUUUAAAGCCUUUGAGUUUGGAUGUAACGAGGACUGAAAGGACGACAUGACGUCCCCGAGGCCGACCCGUAUCCCCUUCCCGUCGGUCCUGGUCCAGGUCCUGCUCCUGGUCCUGUCCCGCUCGAUGUUGGCAGCGCGCUCGGACAGAAACAUGGUGUCGGAGGAAUACGUGGGUGCCACGGUGAACGCCACAGUGCUGGACGGCCGAGGAAACACCGUCCACAUGAUGAGCAGCGACGACGGGACGUACGGACAGAACUCACCGAAAUUAGACACCAGGGGCAUCGUCAUCGCACCUGCACCGCAUCACGGAGUGGUGGACCGGCAGGGCUGCGACCCUGGCACUCGCUUCCUGGUUCCUCCCCGGAGCGUCCACUGGGUGGCGCUGCUGCAGAGAGGAAACUGCACCUUUAAAGAGAAGAUCCUGAAGGCGGCAGCCUACAACGCCACGGCCGUCCUCAUCUACAACAACUCCACCGACAAGACGGUCAAGAUGGGACACGAAGGUACCGGUGGUACGGUGGCGGUGAUGAUCACGGAGGCAUACGGGAAAGAGAUCCUGGCUCACCUGGAGAGGAACCUGACGGUCCUGGUCUCUGUGGUGGUGGGUCAACGUGGUCCCACCAAAAACAUCAACCGAGGCUCACUGGUCUUUGUCUCCAUCUCCUUCAUCGUCCUCAUGAUCAUCUCGUCGGCCUGGCUCAUCUUCUACUUCAUCCAGAAGAUCCGCUACACCAGCGCCCGCGACCGCAGCCAGCGUCGUCUCGGUGAUGCAGCGAAGAAAGCCAUUGGGAAGUUGACCACGAGGACGGUGAAGAAAGGAGACAAGGAAACUGAUCCAGAUUUUAAUCACUGUGCGGUGUGUAUUGAAGCGUACCAGCUGAACGAUGUGGUUCGCAUUCUGCCCUGCAAACACGUCUUCCAUAAAGUGUGUGUGGACCCCUGGCUGAAUGAACACUGCACCUGUCCCAUGUGUAAACUCAACAUCCUCAAAGCUCUCGGCAUCAUGACUAGUCUUCCCUGCGUGGACAGCGUGGUGUUGGACGUGGAGCGUCUGGGCGUCAGUCAAGCGUCCGUCAGCCAGAGGGCGCCACUGGGAGAUAGCAACCAGCCGUCCAUCAGCCUGGAGCCGCUCAGCCCCCCCCACCCUGAGGCCACGCCAAGAACACCUGCUGACAUCACCAUCGCCGUGACCAGCGGCGGUCACUUCUUCAACAGAAACUCGAUGUCUCCUCGCAGCAUCGUCUGUGAGACGGAGCUGCCGGACAUCCAGGCCUCGCUCGACCUCUACGACGACAACAAGUCCUGAGGCCCAUCGUCAUGGUUACGACCCCCCACCACCUCCACCUGCUGAUGGACGAACAACCUUUUAUGGAUGCAGGAAGUGUUCACAGAGUGUUUCCUGUCGGGAGGGGGAUCUGAUAACGAAAACCUGGAUGAACUUUUUAACAUCAUUUAUUCCAUCAGACUUUCUUCAAACUGAACUUGGACUCAGUCUGGAUCCUGGUCUCAAUUUAGACUUGUUAGCUCAACACUCUCAUGUUUUUAUUUUCCCCAGAAGAAGAAAAACUUUGGAGGAACUGGAGCCGGUAGUCGGGUAAAAUCUUUAAAAAUACGUUAUAAAACAAAAAAUCCAGAGAAUUGAACUUCACAUCCAACUCCGGCACAAGAACCAGAACCUGAACUAGGUUCCUCUGGUAGAACCGGAGAUAAUUUUGUUGUUGAGGUCCUAGAAAAGUUCCUGGAAAAGGUUUUGGAGUCCCUAAAUGCGCUCUUGUGUUCCUGGAAAAGGGUUAUUAGGUUCCUGGGAUAGUUCCUGAAUUCCUAAACGGUUCCUGAGUUUCUGGAAAAGUUCCAGGGUCCUUUAUAAGAAUCCAGUUCCUAACAAGGUUCUUGGGUUCCUCUAAAAGGUUCCUGGAUUACUAGAGAGGUUCCUUUGUUCUGAAAAUGCUCCUGAGUGCCUAAAAAGGUUCCUUAAAAAGUUUCAGAUUUCCCAGGCUACUUGGGUUCCUGGAAAAGUUUGAGUUUCUAAAGAUGUUCCUGAAUUCCUCACUGGUUUCCUGAACAGGUUUCCAGGCUAAAAAAAAAAGGUUCUCUGAAACGUUUACUGAAUUCUAAGAAGACAAUUGGAAACGUUCCUGGGUUCUGGAAAAAGUUUCAAAAAAGCUUCCUGGAGAAGUUCUUUAGCCCCUUAAAAGGUCCUUGGGUUCCUGGAAGGGGUUUCUGUAAAUGUUGUUAAGCUCCUAAAAAGGUUCUGGAAAUAUUUCUGAGGUGUUCAAAAGGUUCUUGGGUUCUCAAAAAACGUUCUCGUUUCUCCAAAGGUUCCUGAGGCUUUAAAAAGCUUCCUGUGUUUGUGGAAAACGGGUCCAAACCUUUGUACCAGAGACCAUCUUACCUGAACCUAAAUGGACCCGAAAGCAUCAGGGCCAGAACCAGAACAAACCCAGAAAAAGUUCCUGCCAGUGUUUUCUGAUGUUCUGCCUUCAGUCAGUCGUAACUCUGGAAAUCUGUAACCUGACCCUCUGAUUGGCUGACUGAAGAUGACGUCAUUGACAGACUCUUCUGGACUCCAGUCAGUCUGGAUUCUGUCUAAAGACCUGAACCUGGAUCAAAAUUCCUCGACUAUAGAUACAGACUAGGCCGGUUCUUCCUGUCCAUCAUGAGACUGGAACCAGGACCGGAGGGAGACCUGGACCUGGAUCCUCCGUAGAGUCUCUGGAGGAAACGAUCAUGUGAACUUCAACAGUGUUAACUCCCCUGUAGCAACAACAACAACAUGUUUCUCUGUUGAACAAAGAGACAUUAGAUUUAAAUGAACAGUUCAACAUCCCAGUAAACCUCCUGUUCUCUGAUUUCAGUAAUGUGGAGUUCCUCAUGUAUUAAACCCUCUUGUUCUCUUCUCAACAGGCAGACAAGAAGACGAGUAGCAUAGCUUUGCACAAAUACUGGAAGCAGAGGGAAACUGUUAGCCUAGCUCUAUCGAAAGAGAGAAGAUUAACCUCCAACAAGCGCGGGUCUGUUAGCUAACCGGCUAGUCGGCAGUGCAUCAUGUAGUCAGCUGGUUUAGUUGACAGUAGAGUCAACACAUCUGCAGACCUCACAUCUGGGGUCCCCAGGUCUCUGAGCCAAUGAGAAGAGUCUCCUGGAGUGAGGUGAGUCACUUCCUGUACUGCCACAAACUAUAAAGCAGAAAAACAAGUAGGUUCACUUUCAUUGUGUUUUUACUCCUUUUUGUUCAGAAGUCGAGUUUCCGUCAAAACAAAGCUCCAGUUUUAACA